AUGAGCGGUGUCCCUCCAUCGUCCUCGGAGACGAACCAAACAAAUAUCGUACCUAGAGAUGUAAGACUUCUUCAUUUGAUUUUCGCUACUCAAGGAAUCCAAAAUUAUCAAGAUCAUGUCCCACUUCAGUUGAUGGACUUUGCUCAUAGAUAUACAGUUGGUGUAUUGAAGGAUGCACUCACGUACAAUGAUCAUGCCAAACCACCUAACUCUAACUCGAAUCUUAAUUCUAAUGCCAAUACCACGGUCAACACCGAUGACAUAAGGCUCGCUAUCGCUGCGAGAGCGAAUUACCAAUUCAAACCAACACCACCAAAAGAAUUGUUAUUGGAAUUGGCCCAAGAAAGAAACUCCAAGCCAUUGCCCCAAGUUAUUCCUAAGUGGGGCUUGAAUUUACCACCAGAAAAGUACUGUUUAACAGGUAAGGACUGGGACAACAUUGACGAUGAAGAUGCCCCAGCGUCAGCAAAGCAAGCUUCGUCAAAGAAACAAAAGAUUUAG